AUGGGCAAUCCUCCGUCGCCAAAGCCUUAUCGGGAUGACCCUGAUGCUGUGUCGCUACACACGACUGCGGGGGAACCCUCAUACGCUCACGUAGAGGACGACGUUCUCAACGGCGAUGAAGCGCCACCGCCUGCAUACCAUGAUACGCCGAUUAUGGGUUUAAGCACUCCAGCGAUGGCUCCCAUCAGCAGCACCGAGAUUGAAGAAGAACUUCUCCAAACAGGCGUCACCCAGCCCGAGUCUCACAUCGCCUUCACCUCCAACCGCAUCGGUCAAAAGCGCACUGGUAUCGGCAACGAAGUGAACGCCGUACGCGAUCCCCGCUCCGAUGCGGAUCCAGCAUUUCUCGAGAAAUGGGUCAGAACCAUGGCAAGGUUUCCUCCUUCGCCGUAUAUCAACAUUACGGGCACUCAUAAGGAAACCAAGCGCGAUAGCGAUGGCAAGAGCAAGCGUGAGGAAGUCACUGAUUUUAGGAUCAUGGUGAAUUUGCAGAAUUAUCUUUAUCCCAAUUUCAUCGUAAAUCCUCUUGGCAACUCGACGCUCAAGACUGUUGAGAGUGGCGAGAAGACAUAUCGCGGCACGGUCUUGAAGAAACGUCAGGACGGCGUGAAAGGCGAUAUCGAAGUUGGCCAUGCGAAGCCAACCCUGAAAGAAUGGUGUCACCGUUACUGUGCGAAAGCAGCUGGCACCAAAGUGUUCCGUUUGACUAGAACAGUCACCGGCAUGGAUGAGACCGUCUUCCGCAAUAACUUGACAAAUUAUGUCCGAAGCUCCAACUACAAAGGAAACCUCACCAUCGAAUUCCCGGUCGCCGACCGAGCAGUCGACAUCUACUCGUCCA